CUCGCUAAUCUCAUCCCGCUUCUUCUUUCCUAUCCACCAUCCUCACCUCACCUCUCCCUCUCCCUCCCUCCCUCCCUCUCUUUCUCUAGCUCCGACAUCGAUCGAGUCUCGCGAAAAUGGAGGAAUCCGAGCCUUUCCCCAUCUUCAAUACCUCGGCCGACCAAUUGCACUCGGCAGCCGACCAUGGUGCGCGUCGACGAAGGAAGUCGAGCGGACUGGGUGGCGAGAUCAGAGCCGGAGACACGGGGGCGCCUAGUCUGCACUCGAGUCUCGCGACCCUGCAGAGCUCUUCCAACUCCUCCUCCUCCGCUUCUCUCAACGGUGCUCAGAAGCCCUUCGAGAAUAAGGAUGUCUCGAAAAGGGGCUCGAAACGUCGCAAAGCGCGCUCCUUCUUACGCCGCUGCAAGCACUUUGCCGUCAAGCACACCUGGGUCCUGCCUCUCAUCGUCUUGACCCUCUUCCUGUCCGUGUUCGCCAUCAACCCGACCGAGUCGAACCCCGUCUACCACUUCAUCUUCCUCUCCUAUAAGCUUCCCCGCGAGCCCGGCGCAGACCCGAGCGCGCCCGUCCAGUACGGCAAGGGCCCCUGGGAUUUCGCCCUCGUGUCUUUCUACACCGUCGUCCUGUCUUUCACGCGCGAGUUCAUCAUGCAAGAGCUCCUCCGACCCCUCGCCAGGUAUGCCGGCUUGAAGUCGCGCGGAAAGCAAUCCCGCUUCAUGGAGCAGAUGUACACCGCCAUCUAUUUCGGCGUCUUGGGGCCCUCGGGCAUGUACGUGAUGAGCCGAACCCCGGUCUGGUAUUUCAACACGUACGGCAUGUACGAGAACUUCCCGCACAAGACGCACGAGGCUGUCUUCAAGUUCUACUAUCUCUUCCAGGCCGCGUAUUGGGCGCAGCAGGCCAUCGUGCUACUGCUCGGCAUGGAGAAGCCGCGCAAGGAUUUCAAGGAGCUUGUCGGCCAUCAUAUCGUCAGUCUGGCCCUCAUCGCGCUCAGCUACCGUUUUCACUUCACAUACCUGGGUCUGGCCGUGUAUAUCACCCACGACAUCAGCGACUUCUUCCUCGCGACCUCCAAGACCCUCAACUACAUCGAUCACCCUCUCGUGGGCCCCUAUUUCUUCUUCUUCAUGUGCUCCUGGAUCUACCUGCGCCACUAUCUUAACCUUCGCAUCCUGUACUCUCUAUUCAACGAGUUCAAGACGGUCGGCCCCUACGAGCUCAACUGGGAGACCCAGCAGUAUAAGUGCGACAUGGCAUUCUACAUCACCCUCACGCUCCUCUCGUCCCUGCAGGCCCUGAACCUGUUCUGGCUGUUCUUCAUCAUUCGGAUCGCCUACCGAUUCGUUGUCUACAGUGCCGCAGAGGACGACCGCUCCGAGGCGGAGGAUUCGGAAGCCGAGGAGCUGGAGAACGAGAAACUGGAGGGCAAGAAUGCCGAGUCAGUGCCGUUGCUUAACGGAAAUGCCAGCGCCAAUGGUGCUGCGAACGGCACCGCGAAGGCCCGUCCCAAUGGUGUGGCAUCGUCACCAUCGAAAAAGUCGUCUUCCCGAUAGAUGUUUUUUUAUCGUUUAGCACACGCUCUCGACAUUCGCUUGUAAAAUUUUCAAGACAUCGCCAGAGGGGAGGCUAGCAUGUACGAUACGAUAGAGGCGGGGGGAGCCAGCAUAUAUGGGCGGGCGCAGCCAGGGCUGCCGACACUCAAGGACGGCCUUCCCGGCAUCCUGCCAGGGUCGUCGGUUUUU